GUCUUCCCCAUCAGUGUCUGGUAAAGAUGGGAAGUUCACAACAGGAAAUAUGCAGAAUGCACAAUGGGUAUCGUCUCCUUUGUUACCAGUCUGGCGAGCACAAAGAACAAAACAGAUCCGAUUGUGGAAGAAAGUGUUAACCCAGCAAUCAAAGCCAGUACCAGAGAGAACCCAGUUUACGGAGAGACUGCGGGCAACUUUCCCAUCCGUAUGGCCUUCCAGAUGUCCUGCUGAGAUCACAGCAGAGCUGGACGUGCUUUCACAGCGUUGUCUUGACCUGACGCACUGCUUCACACACUCAGACUCAGGGACGUCGCAUGAGAGAGAAUAUGAGUCCUUGCGGAUGCUGGAGGGUUUGGAGAGAAUGACGGCAGAUCUUCUUACAUGUGCUGAUCAGCGGAAGAAAGACUGGGAGAGGUGGGAUAAGAGUAGCUCUGGAGCUUUGUGUCCCAUCCGGAGGAGAGGUGAAUGGGGUGACCCAGAUCGUUCCUGUCUGCCGCCCAUCCUGUCCUACACCAGUGAGACUGAACUCAGAGAGCUGGAAAGCCAAAGGCUCAGAGUAGAACAACUUCAGCAGGCCGUUCGUCUUCAGAAGGCGAUGUCCGAUAACCUUGUGUCUUUCUGGGACGCUCAUUCCGGUGUCAGGCGACCCAGUGCCGUGGCUCUGCGUGGUCUUUACUCGCUUCUGGCGGAGGGAGGCGUUCAGUUCCCGUCACUGGUUUCGGAUUCGGAGGGAGAUUGAGCGAAAACAAGACUGUAUUUCAGGGUUAGUUCACUGAA